UCGGCUGUGACUGGGUAACCUUGGAACUGACUGUUCUGUCACAGACAAAUGGGUGAUCCCAAGUCAUUUAGCACCUUACUGAAAAAUCAAGAAAGCCCGAGGCAUGGCUUGGACGCAGAGGUAAAUGCUGCGUAAAAUCCCACGCUCUCCCGUGACUUUGUUCUGGAUCUCGCGUGCAGCCAGGCUCCGGCAAGGCACAGCUCCGGGGGAGUUACAGUAUGCUGGGAGCCGUGAAAAUGGAAGGGCACGAGCACUCGGACUGGAGCGGCUACUAUGCAGAACCCGAGAGCUAUUCCUCCGUGAGCAGCAUGAACCCGGGCCUGGGCAUGAACAGCUACAUGGGCAUGUCGGCCAUGAGCAGCGGCCCGGCCACCAUGAGCGGGGCCGGCUCCAUGAGCAUGUCCUACACCAACACCGCCAUGAGCCCGUCCUUGGCCGGCAUGUCUCCCGGCCCGGGGGGCAUGGCCGGCAUGGGCAGCGGCAUGGGGCCCCACCUGAGUCCCAGCAUGAGCCCCAUGGGCGCCCAGGCCGGCUCCAUGAACGCCCUGGCCCCCUACUCCAACAUGAACUCCAUGAGCCCCAUGUACGGGCAGGGCAACCUCAGCCGCUCGCGGGACCCCAAGACCUACCGGCGCAGCUACACCCACGCCAAGCCCCCCUACUCCUACAUCUCCCUCAUCACCAUGGCCAUCCAGCAGUCGCCCAACAAGAUGCUGACGCUGAGCGAGAUCUACCAGUGGAUCAUGGACCUGUUCCCCUUCUACCGGCAGAACCAGCAGCGCUGGCAGAACUCCAUCCGCCACUCGCUCUCCUUCAACGACUGCUUCCUCAAGGUGCCCCGCUCCCCGGACAAGCCGGGCAAGGGCUCCUUCUGGACGCUGCACCCGGACUCGGGCAACAUGUUCGAGAACGGCUGCUACCUGCGCCGCCAGAAGCGCUUCAAGUGCGAGAAGAGCAAGGAAGGGGGCGGCGGGGGCGGCGGGAAGAAGCAGCCCCCCCAGCAGCAGCCGCCCCAAGCCGGGGAAGGAGGCUCCUCCGACAGCUCGGCGGGUGGGCCCGAGUCCCCCCACCCCGGCGCCUCGCCCUGCCGCGAGCACAAGCGGGCCCUGGCCGAGCUCAAAGGGACCCCCCCGCAGCAAGCCCCUUCGCCGGCCCAGCACCUGCUCGGCCCCCACCACCUGGCCCACGAGGCCCACCUCAAGCCCGAGCACCACUACGCCUUCAACCACCCCUUCUCCAUCAACAACCUGAUGUCUUCCUCCGAGCAGCCGCCGCCCCCCCACCACCCGCCGCACCAUCACCCCCACCACCACAAAAUGGACCUCAAGGCCUACGAACAGGUGAUGCACUACUCCGGGUACGGCUCCCCCAUGCCCGGCAGCCUGGCCAUGGGCCCCGUCACGAACAAAAGUGGCUUAGAAGCCUCCCCGCUGGCCGGCGACACCUCUUAUUACCAAGGUGUGUAUUCCCGGCCCAUCAUGAACUCUUCCUGAAGCUCCCCUGCAGAGCCCAGCCGGCCCGGGGGGCUGGAGGUUGGACCGCGCUGCUGAGGUCCUUGACUCAAGGUGUUGUGUCUGUUUGUGUUCCAAGCUCCCCAACCCCAUCCUCAAAGGACAAAUUUCCACCCAUCCAGCCUGCUCCAAAGUCCAAGGGGCUGUGGGAUCAGGCCCCGGAAUUGCCCCGGCCUCUUUAAGCCCCGAUUUCAAGCGGGGAUAUUUGGUUGGUUUAUUGGGGGGGCGGUAUUUUAUUUCAUGGGCAGCAGAGGGUGGGGUAACUUUUUUGUUGCAGGGAGUUAUAAAUAUAUCUAUUUUUUUUUGUGCGUGUGUGUGAAAGUGACGGAAAACUUACUCAGUGUGAAAUAAUGCUAGUUUUUAAACCGGGGACCAAAAGUCUUGUCAUGUUGUAAAAAGAGAGAGGAAAAAAAUCACAAAAGAAAAAAAAAAGAGAAAAAUUCUCAAAGAAAAAAAAGUCAGGAUAGAUUGUUGUAAUUGAUACAAACGUUUGAUGUUACCGGGAGAGUAAACUGCUUGGAUCUGAUUAAUUUAUCGUUUCUGUAUGCUUUAUUUAUGGCUUAUAAAUGUGAGCUCUGGUCCCAAACAGCCAGAUCUUCACAAAAAUAUAUUAAAGUGUUAUUGGCGUUUUUUCCCCCUGAUUCUUUUUCUUCGGAUUUUCCAAUUUUUCCCUCUUGA